CACAUCGUUCGACAAUAUCCGUGCAAACAAUGGCAGGAUACAAAAGACCUCGUUGCGAGAGUGAAAGUCCCGCGGACGCAGAACAAUCGAGUGGCUCUGUGGGGGCUAAGAAAUCAAAGAAUGCGAAUGGCGAGACUGGAUCUCCAAAGAGAAAACGCCCUCCCCGAGAUCGGGCAGAGGAGCAACUGCUGGACAGACUCGACCGAGAGCAAUACGAAGAGGUUAUGAAGUUGUUACCAAACAGAUUUGAACUUGCAUACCGAGAACACUAUGCCCGGGAAAAGUUCUGGGACCAGUUUUAUUCAACAGAGGGACCUGGCACUUGCCCCGAACGUCGAAAUCAAACUUUGAAUUCACGUGUCCGCAAGAUCGUCGAGGAACACCGGAAGUCAUGUCCUUGGUAUUUCUGGGGACUUGAGGGCUACACUCGCGAGCGGUUCCCAAAAAAGUGGCCGCACUUUUAUAAGGAUGGAGACGCAGGAGAUGCCUCUGAAGACAGCCAGCUACUUUAUCCCUGGGACGAACUGAACGCCACGACUGCCAGCUCUCCUGCAACACCUAAGGGAGCAGAUAAGACAGGGCUUUGGGACCUCCCAUCGAGUGAAAUGGAGAAGUCGAUUGAAGAUGUUAAGCUACAGAUGGCGGAAAUCAGGACCGUGCUUGACGAGAAAGAAAAAAAAGCUAAUGAACUACGGAAAAAGACUGUUGCAAUGGUGAAUGAGCUACAGAGAAAAACAGUUACAGACUGCGCCAAAAUAGAGGCAGAAGCUAGUGAAAAAGUUGACGAAGUGCGUCGAGAAGCUGCUGCACUAACCAACAAAAUACAGACAGAGGCAGAUGCAAAAUUCAAUGAAAUACAGACAGAUGUUUCUAAACUCGAGGAGGCUAUGAAAGAGAAGCAGACGGUCUUGGAAGUACAGGAGAUUACUCUUGCUGCGAGAAAAGCAAAUGAUAGCCAUGGCAAUCAGUAAUAAGGCAUGGAUGGAUUAAGCGGUUUGUACGUCGCAUGGAGCAUACAAAGAGCAAUUGGAUGACGGGCAGGCAAACAGUUGAGAACAAGAGCCAUGCUGAAUGUUUGCAGUAGCUGUCUGCAGUUUCUGAAACCUUCAACUCAAUUGUAG